CCGAAUAAAAGCCUGCCGCUUUUCCGGUGUAUAUCUUUGGGGCUUAUUCUCGAGGGAGACGAACGAACGAGGAGAGGCGGAGGAGAUGAGGGAGAUCAUAAGCAUCCAUAUCGGCCAGGCCGGGAUCCAGGUGGGCAAUGCGUGCUGGGAGCUCUACUGCCUCGAGCACGGGAUCCAGCCCGAUGGCAUCAUGCCCAGUGAUUCCUCGGUGGGAAUGGCGUGCGAUGCGUUCAAUACUUUCUUCAGUGAGACCGGUGCCGGCAAGCACGUCCCGAGGGCCAUCUUUGUGGAUCUGGAGCCGACUGUCAUCGACGAAGUCAGAACCGGGACUUAUCGCCAACUCUUCCAUCCAGAGCAGCUCAUCUCCGGAAAGGAGGAUGCUGCAAAUAACUUUGCUAGGGGCCACUACACAGUGGGGAAGGAAAUUGUGGAUCUCUGCCUUGACCGUGUGAGGAAGCUAGCAGACAACUGCACUGGCUUGCAAGGUUUUUUGGUCUUCAAUGCUGUUGGUGGUGGCACUGGAUCUGGUUUGGGCUCCUUGCUGUUAGAACGUUUGUCUGUGGACUAUGGGAAGAAGUCAAAGCUUGGAUUUACCAUAUACCCUUCUCCUCAGGUUUCUACAGCAGUUGUCGAACCAUACAACAGUGUCCUUUCCACUCAUUCCUUGCUUGAGCACACUGAUGUUGCGGUUCUAUUAGACAAUGAAGCCAUCUAUGAUAUCUGCAGAAGGUCUCUAGAUAUAGAGCGGCCAACAUAUACCAACUUGAACCGGUUGAUAUCUCAGAUCAUAUCCUCCUUGACUACCUCUCUAAGGUUUGAUGGAGCCAUUAACGUGGAUGUCACUGAAUUCCAGACCAACCUCGUUCCAUAUCCUAGGAUCCAUUUCAUGCUCUCCUCGUAUGCACCUGUUAUUUCUGCUGAGAAGGCAUACCAUGAACAGCUCUCAGUCCCUGAAAUCACAAAUGCAGUAUUUGAGCCAUCCAGCAUGAUGGCCAAAUGUGAUCCAAGGCAUGGAAAGUACAUGGCUUGUUGUCUUAUGUACCGGGGAGAUGUUGUACCCAAGGAUGUUAACGCUGCUGUUGCAACCAUCAAGACCAAGAGAACUGUCCAAUUUGUGGACUGGUGUCCUACUGGUUUUAAGUGUGGAAUUAACUAUCAGCCGCCGACGGUGGUCCCUGGAGGAGACUUAGCCAAGGUUCAGCGUGCCGUAUGCAUGAUCAGCAACAAUACUGCUGUUGCAGAGGUGUUUUCACGGAUCGAUCACAAGUUCGACCUCAUGUAUGCAAAGCGUGCAUUUGUUCACUGGUAUGUUGGUGAAGGAAUGGAAGAAGGUGAGUUCUCGGAAGCACGAGAGGACUUGGCUGCCCUCGAGAAGGACUACGAGGAGGUUGGAGCAGAGGGCGCAGAUGACGAGGAGGAGGAGCCUGAAGAUUACUAAGUUUUAAUGUUUCCGCUGUUGGUUUUAUUCUGGUUGUUAUUUUCUAUGGAUGUUUAGGAAGUUUGACAUUUUGUUUCUCAUUUUCCGGUUAUCGUCGUGUGAAUGUCAUCCUUUUAUGUUGCCGUACCAAAGUAAAUUUGCCUGUGGACUUUAAGCCCGCCUUCAAUUUCUCCAUUUUGGUCUACUUGUAGUGUUCACGGGGAUUGGUAUUUGCUUCC